GCAUCAUUGCAGCUUCACGACCUGCACCCUUCACUCUGGUGGAGCUGUCUUCCUUCUGUUCUGUAUAUGUGACCUGCACUGACUUCUACGCUUUCUUGGAGAGGUGUAUUUGAGGAUCAAGAAUCAUGCAUUAUUUCCUGCUGGGAUCUUCAGUCAUGGCACUAAUUUACCUCUCAGCUGAAGAAAAAGUCCACGUGUUCCAGAAGCCACGAUUUGUUGGUGUGAAGACCGGUCGGACUGUGACAAUGUACUGUGUGCCAUCUAAUCCAACUUUGUCGAUUCAUGUAGAGUGGUACAAAGGCCAGACUUACAAAAACCAACUCAAGAACAGCCACAAAAUUAAGAUAACAGAGAAGAGUGAUAAAGUAAAUGCCUCCAUUACCAUAAAGAAAGUGGAGAUUGAGGACAAUGGCACUUACUUUUGCAAGCUGAACAGUACGCAUGGACCGGGAACUGAGCUCCAAGUUUCCAGAUACAGUGAUCCCAAGACUAUCUUGAGGAGAUCGAGAGUCAAGGAUGUUAUCAUUUUCCUUCAGGCUAUACUCCUGAUUUCGUGUAUCGUCGUUCCUCUGGUUCAGAUUUACAAACUGGAGCAGAAAGAAGAUGUGAUUUACGAAGAGCCUGAGGAUGAUCACAUAUAUGAGGGGUUGGAGGUUGAGCGGUGUGGUGGUGCAGAUCUGUAUGAGGACAUCACUGCUUAUGCCCGGGACACAGAAGCAGCAUGGGAAGUCGAGCCCGCAGACCAAGAGUGAGAAAAACACAUCCAUGAGAUCCACUGAUCAGCAGAUAUCAACACCAGACACAAAUGUCUGUGAUUACAUCCAAUCCACUAUCAGUUUUUGCUGUAUAGGGCACAUGCAUGCAGACUGAUGUCACUGUGUGUGGAUACAGUAAAUGCUUAUAAAACAUUUUUUAAUAAUGCUAUUUUUAACCCUGCUUGAAUUUUUGUAGAGGUUGACAUACAACAAUAACAAUCAUCUAUAGACAUUGUAAUACAUUUAACUUAUGUUUGCUUGUUUGUUUUCUUUAUUCCAUUUUGUAUUGUAGUUCAUAUUCCCUUUACUGUACAGUGUGUUAUGUGGUAGUUUUUUUUAGAGUGUGUUUGUUGUAUGAAUGCACCAGCUCUGCAGAUCAUUCAUGAAAAGGUGCUCUCUAUCUGGUAAUUAAAAUACUAGUUGUGAGGAACUGCUCAAAGCUUAAGGGAACUUUCACUUCAUAUCUGUUAAAAUAAGCAUGUGAAAAGCAGGUGUUUUCCGCAGAGAAGCUUUUUUGGUAAAUGUUUGGUAUAUUCUCUUUGCAUUCAAUCGGAUCGUACACCACAAGUCUGAUGAUCGCCAUUGAUUUGAUAGACCAUCUGCAAAGAACACCUGAACGUCUGUACAAGGCUUUAACUUUGUCACUGCAGCAAAUUUGCUGUUUGAUUAGUAAAAUACUGCAAAAUCCUAAAU